UGGCACUAGAAAAUUCAUGAUCAUUUAUUUCUAAUGAAAUGAAAAUUCCUGCUUCAGAUUGUGUAAAUAGGUGGAAUACCCUAAGGAACAGAUUUUCUAAAGAACGAAAUAAAAUAGCCCCUUCUGGAUCCUCAUCAGGCAAGUCCAAAGAAUGGGAACUAUUGAAGUACAUGCAAUUUCUACACACCCAUAUGAGGAAAAGAAAAACGUUUGGCAAUUUGCCUGAAGAGAACGAAGUUACUAAAAGAGUAGUGCAGGAACUGUCUGAAGAGAAUUGUUCAGGAAUAAACACUAUUUGUUACGAAGCUAUAGCUAGUGAUUUGGAAUGCACUCAAGACAACGAAAUUUUUGGGGAUGUAUCUUGUGAAAAUAUUGUGGAGCAAAGUACUCCUAAAAAUAAAAAUCCCAAAAAUCCUGAUAUGAUGCCAAUUAUAAAUGAAGCGGUUAACGUUCUGAAGUCACUCUCUUCAUCUGGCAAACAGGGCUCCAAAGAACUAUCUGUUGAAAAUUUUUGCGAUAGUUUACAUCAUGACUUGAUGAAAAUGGACGCAAAAAAAUUAAGACAGUGUAAACAAGGCAUUUUGAGGCUUAUUGAUGAAUAUUCAGACAAUUAGUUUUCUAUACUCAUGAUAAUAGGAAUAAAUUGUUUACUAAAUUUAUUUGUUUCAUUCUCUUAUUCAACCAUUCGCCUCCUAGCAGUAACGUCACAGGAAAUGAUAAUAAUUUUGGGCUCCAUUAGUGUCUUUACUGAUCUCAUUUUAGUUUCUGUAUUUUUAUUUAGGCAUAGAGAAUGACAUGAUAUUAAAACCUUAAAUUCUCAUCAUUACAUUAGACAAAUUUUUCACAAGACUCAAGAAAGCGAUAUUUUCACCCUAAGUUAAGAUUUGGGUAAUGGGUGAUUUGCAAGAAGAAUAGAAAAAUGUUUAUUUAAAACAUUAAAUUUUUUUUAUUUAUUAAACAUAGUGUCUGAACAUGAUAUAAAACAAAACAAGUAAAUAAUACGUUAAAUAGAAAAAAAAUAUUUCUGAUGUAUGAAACAAGUUUCUUGAUGAGCACAAAAACGAUUCAAUAAAUAGCUUUUCUAAUAAAUAAAACAAGUAAAUAGUUUUAGUGUACAUAAGGAAUGAUUUAUAAAAAAACAAUUUUGUAACACACAUGAGAACAUAAUACUACUACAUAACUUUCAUAUAUAUUUUAUAGUUUUUCUGCGAUGCAUGUUAGCUUUUGUUACUCGUGUCACCAAAAAUUAUGGUCACAUGUUAUAAAGGCACGUCUAUUGAGUUUCUCAACUCCUGAAAUAUCACAUCAAUGAUACAAGCCAUGAAGGAACUCUUAAAGCGACUAGCAGAUGUUGGUGAACAAUACCGUUUGAGGAUAAACUAUCAAAAGUCUGAAAUUAUGAUUCCUGAUACUGUUGCCAAUUGUGAAAACGUGACACAUUUAUCUAUUCAGGUACAAUGAUUCGCGAUGAUGGUGAUACUGAACAGCCACAUGUCAAACGACGUGU